CAGCAGCAGCAGCAAUAGCAAUAUGGCUGUUGAUGGGUGUUUGGGGUGGCGCUGGCGGCGGGAGGAGCUCCCCGGAGCCCCUGCGCCUCCUGCCCAUUGCUAGUUAUGGCAAAUGGUGGCGGCGGCGGCGGCGGCGGCGGCGGAGGCGGCAGCAGUCUUAGAAUGAGUAGCAAUAUCCACGCGAACCAUCUCAGCCUAGACGCGUCCUCCUCCUCUUCUUCUUCCUCUUCCUCCUCCUCCUCCUCGUCCUCUUCCUCGGUCCACGAGCCCAAGAUGGAUGCGCUUAUCAUCCCGGUGACCAUGGAGGUACCGUGCGACAGCCGCGGCCAGCGCAUGUGGUGGGCUUUCCUGGCCUCCUCCAUGGUGACUUUUUUCGGGGGCCUCUUCAUCAUCUUGCUCUGGCGGACGCUCAAGUACCUGUGGACCGUCUGCUGCCACUGCGGGGGCAAGAGCAAGGAGGCCCAGAAGAUUAACAAUGGCGCUACUCAGGCAGAUGGCACCCUCAAACCAGUGGAUGAAAAAGAGGAAGCGGUGGCAGCAGAAGUUGGCUGGAUGACCUCUGUGAAAGACUGGGCGGGAGUGAUGAUAUCUGCCCAGACGCUAACUGGCAGAGUCUUGGUUGUCUUAGUCUUUGCUCUAAGUAUUGGAGCCCUUGUCAUAUACUUCAUAGAUUCGUCAAAGAGCCGCACUGCAGACUCUUUGAUCCCAAUAGAAUCCUGUCAGAAUUUCUACAAAGAUUUCACAUUACAGAUCGACAUGGCUUUCAACGUGUUCUUCCUUCUCUACUUUGGCUUGCGGUUUAUUGCAGCCAACGAUAAGCUGUGGUUUUGGCUGGAAGUGAAUUCAGUAGUAGAUUUCUUCACAGUCCCUCCAGUGUUUGUGUCAGUAUAUUUAAACAGAAGUUGGCUUGGUUUGAGAUUUCUGAGAGCUCUCAGGCUGAUACAGUUUUCAGAAAUUCUGCAGUUUCUGAAUAUCCUUAAAACAAGUAAUUCUAUCAAGCUGGUGAAUCUGCUCUCCAUAUUUAUCAGCACAUGGCUGACAGCAGCUGGGUUCAUACAUUUGGUGGAGAACUCAGGGGAUCCAUGGGAAAAUUUCCAAAAUAACCAAGCUCUAACAUACUGGGAAUGUGUCUAUUUACUAAUGGUUACAAUGUCCACUGUCGGUUAUGGGGAUGUUUACGCAAAAACCACCCUUGGCCGCCUCUUCAUGGUCUUCUUCAUCCUCGGGGGACUGGCCAUGUUUGCCAGCUACGUCCCUGAAAUCAUAGAGUUAAUAGGAAACCGCAAGAAAUACGGUGGUUCCUAUAGUGCGGUUAGUGGAAGAAAGCAUAUCGUUGUCUGUGGGCACAUCACUCUGGAGAGCGUGUCCAACUUCCUGAAGGACUUUCUGCACAAAGACCGGGAUGACGUCAACGUGGAGAUUGUCUUUCUUCACAAUAUUUCCCCAAACUUGGAGCUUGAAGCUCUCUUCAAACGUCACUUUACUCAGGUGGAAUUUUAUCAGGGUUCAGUCCUCAAUCCACAUGACCUGGCAAGAGUCAAGAUAGAGUCAGCAGACGCGUGCCUAAUCCUUGCCAAUAAAUACUGCGCUGACCCGGAUGCUGAAGAUGCCUCCAACAUCAUGAGAGUAAUUUCCAUAAAGAACUACCAUCCGAAGAUCAGGAUUAUUACCCAGAUGCUACAGUAUCACAACAAGGCCCAUCUGCUAAACAUCCCAAGCUGGAAUUGGAAAGAAGGAGAUGACGCAAUCUGCCUUGCUGAGCUGAAGCUAGGAUUCAUAGCCCAGAGCUGCCUGGCUCAAGGCCUCUCCACGAUGCUCGCCAAUCUCUUCUCCAUGAGGUCAUUCAUAAAGAUUGAGGAAGACACAUGGCAGAAAUACUACUUGGAAGGAGUCUCCAAUGAAAUGUAUACAGAAUAUCUUUCUAGUGCCUUCGUGGGUCUGUCCUUCCCUACAGUUUGUGAACUGUGCUUUGUGAAGCUAAAGCUCUUGAUGAUAGCCAUAGAGUACAAGUCCGCCAACCGAGAGAGCCGAAGCCGAAAGCGCAUAUUAAUUAAUCCUGGAAACCAUCUCAAAAUCCAAGAAGGUACUUUAGGAUUCUUCAUUGCAAGUGAUGCCAAAGAAGUCAAGAGGGCAUUUUUUUACUGCAAAGCCUGUCAUGAUGACAUCACAGAUCCCAAAAGGAUAAAAAAAUGUGGCUGCAAACGGCUUAAGGAUGAAGCCAAAUCACGUUACCCCAAACGCGCAUUUGAGCUCCAGAACGCAACUUCAAAAUCACAUCUUGUGGCCAAGCCAGUUGAAGAUGAACAGCCAUCAACGCUGUCACCCAAAAAAAAACAGCGGAAUGGAGGCAUGCGGAAUUCACCCAACUCCUCACCUAAGCUGAUGAGGCACGACCCUUUGUUAAUUCCUGGCAAUGAUCAGAUCGACAACAUGGACUCCAAUGUGAAAAAGUACGACUCUACUGGGAUGUUCCACUGGUGUGCAGCCAAAGAGAUCGAAAAAGUCAUUCUGACACGGAGUGAAGCAGCCAUGACAGUUCUGAGUGGGCACGUGGUGGUUUGCAUCUUUGGAGACGUCACAUCAGCUUUGAUCGGCCUCCGGAACUUAGUGAUGCCUCUGCGUGCGAGCAAUUUUCAUUACCACGAACUGAAGCACAUUGUGUUUGUUGGUUCCAUCGAGUACCUCAAGCGGGAAUGGGAAACACUACAUAACUUCCCCAAAGUUUCAAUAUUGCCUGGUACACCAUUAAGUCGGGCUGAUUUAAGGGCUGUCAACAUCAACCUCUGUGACAUGUGCGUUAUCCUGUCAGCCAAUCAGAAUAAUAUUGAUGACACUUCGCUGCAGGACAAGGAAUGCAUCCUAGCGUCACUCAACAUCAAAUCUAUGCAGUUUGAUGACAGCAUUGGGGUCUUACAGGCUAAUUCCCAAGGGUUUACACCACCAGGAAUGGACAGGUCAUCUCCAGACAACAGUCCAGUUCAUGGAAUGUUACGUCAGCCAUCCAUCACAACUGGGGUCAACAUCCCCAUCAUCACUGAGUUAGCGAAGCCUGGCAAACUUCUGCCUUUGGUUUCAAUCAAUCAGGAAAAAAACAGUGGGACGCACAUUCUCAUGAUAACCGAACUGGUGAAUGAUACUAAUGUUCAGUUUUUGGACCAAGAUGAUGACGAUGACCCAGAUACGGAGCUAUAUCUCACACAGCCAUUUGCAUGUGGGACGGCAUUUGCUGUUAGUGUCCUGGACUCACUCAUGAGUGCGACAUACUUCAAUGACAAUAUCCUUACCCUGAUCCGGACGCUGGUCACGGGAGGAGCGACUCCAGAGCUGGAGGCCCUGAUUGCUGAGGAAAAUGCCUUACGAGGUGGCUACAGCACCCCCCAGACAUUGGCCAACAGGGAUCGAUGUCGGGUCGCACAGUUAGCCCUGCUGGAUGGGCCUUUUGCAGAUUUAGGGGAUGGUGGUUGUUAUGGCGAUCUAUUCUGUAAAGCCCUGAAGACCUACAAUAUGCUCUGCUUUGGAAUUUACCGGCUGAGAGAUGCCCAUCUCAGCACACCGAGCCAAUGCACCAAACGAUACGUCAUCACCAACCCUCCAUAUGAGUUUGAGCUUGUGCCCACCGACCUGAUCUUUUGUUUGAUGCAGUUUGACCACAAUGCUGGACAGUCCAGGGCCAGCCUCUCUCACUCUUCUCACUCCUCCCAGUCCUCAAGCAAGAAAAGUUCUUCUGUUCACUCCAUCCCCUCCACGGCAAAUCGGCAGAACCGCCCCAAGUCCAGGGACUCUCGGGACAAACAGAAUGCAACAAGGAUGAAUAGAAUGGGCCAAGCAGAAAAGAAAUGGUUUACAGAUGAAUCGGAUAAUGCCUACCCCAGAAACAUUCAAAUCAAGCCCAUGAGCACCCAUAUGGCUAACCAGAUCAACCAAUAUAAAUCUACAAGCAGCUUGAUUCCACCAAUCAGAGAAGUUGAAGAUGAAUGUUGACUCCCAGGAGACCAGAACUAAUUUUUUUUAAAGCCUGACAAACUUCAUAAAUGGUGAUGUGACUUUUUUUCCUCUUACAUGCUGAAUCACUGGUGGAAAAGUUAGGAGAAGCAAGAAUUCUGAGAGAAAACAAAAUAAAGUAGACAGAUCUCUCUCUUUUUUGUCUGCCUUCAAUAUUGCUUCCAUGUACUUUGGGGGAAAAAAAGAUUUCAUUUAUAAAUGAACAUACUAAAGAUAGUCAUGUAUAGCCUCUAGCAUUUAAAAUUAUUUUUAUUUAUUAGAAAAAAUAUUUUUUUUCAUUUUCUUUUUCUCCAUUGUCAAGUAAAGUCCCUUAAAAAAAAAAAAAAGCCAAACUGGGUAAGUGGCCAGACUCCUUAAGAAACUUGUGUCUCCUUUCCCUCUCUGUCUUUGAGGAGAAUGAUGGUCACCACAGCAAAUGAAUUGUACUUCAGAAAGACAAAUCAUUAAAAAAAGAGGUCCAACAAUGUAUACUUGUAUUUUAGUAAUCCAGGAAAAAAAAAGAAAACAAAAUAUAAGUUCCUUUAGUUUCUGCUUAAUUUCUGCAGGAUGUAUAUUUUGAUCAGCAUCAACACCAGCUCUUAAUAAAUGGAAACAUAUUUAUUUUCAAAGUGGAAAGUCAUAUUUUUGUAGCUGUAGCUUUCCAUUUGUAUUUCUUUGCCUUUGUUCAUUUAUUUAAAGUGAAAAUUUUCUUAAGGCUCCUCUGGACACAUCAGGAAAUCUCUGGUCCCAGUAGGGCCCUAAGUGAUAUUCGGUGUUAGGAGUUUCUGAAUGUUGUAGAGGUAAGGGAUGCAUGGGCAAGAUGUUUGAGGAGCACUUCUCAUUGGCUUAUCUGUUUGGCCAAUAGCUGCAUUCUGCCCGACCCAACAGGUCACAGUUCCAAUGAGAAUUUGCCGAGUGAAUGAGUUCAAUUAUGGAAGUGCCUCCAUUUCUUCUUUCUUUCUUUCUUUCAUUUAUUCUUUUUCUUUUUUUCACCAGGCUUGAGAGCUUUUAGCCAGUGUGUGUGUAAAUGCCACUGAAUAGUUUCAAAUCACAGUAGGAUAUUAUUAACUCACUCAUUCAUUUAAAUGGACUCUUGUUUGAAUGCCAGUUAAUUCCCAUUAACAAGGAGACAACUUUCCCAUGUGUUAUAAUUUCCAGGUUUUCCAUUUGUUGCUGGGAUAUCAUGCCCAUAAUUGCUAUGACAAUAUACGCAGAAGAAAAACAUGAAAGCAAUGAAUGUAUUUAACAGAAGAGCUUAGGAGGGGCCUUUCAAAGCUGCCAGCAAUGAAAGCAACAGUAAUUUCAAAGUGUGGUCAACAGCUUUUUCUAACCAUCAGACAUAAUUGUGAUGUUUUUGUUUCCUAGCUGCACCACAGUAUGUGUGGUGCACAACCAUCUAAGCAUUUAAUGUUCCAAACAGUUUUUAGCAAGUCUUUCAACUUCAAAAUUAUCCAUUUUUGAUACAACCAAGCAAGGUUUCUGGAACAGGAAUGGACAAGCUAUUGAAUGUUUUGUGCUUUAAAAAAAAUCAACACAAUAACAAUAGCACCACAAAGAACAGCUCACAAAACAGAGCAAAAAAACCAACACAUACAAACACACACAAAAAACACUGGGACCCUGGAGAAAACAAAGACCACCCUCGACAGCUCAUGGUAUCUAUUCCAUCAACUUGGAGGGCUUUCCCUUUGCCGUAGAGCUAGCCAAUGCCAAGGGAAACCCUAGAGUGGCAGUGAUUCAUCUCAACAAAAUAACAAUGAGUCUAAUAGGAUUCUCCACCAGAAUAGAUGUCUACUAUGUACUACAACCGCUAAACCAAACUCUAUCAACUUCAAUGUUUGUCGACUGACUACAGUCCAAAUGUGACCAUUCUGCCACCUAGUCAGCUUUUUCUUCGAGUGAUUCUUGGACUGUGGUUACCUAGUCGUUUACAUUAUGUAGAAUUAGUAAUAUAUUUUAAAAAUUGUGAAUAUCAUGUAUAUCCAAUUGGAUUGUUGAAAAAUUACCUAUAAUCACUAUAGAGCCUAUUCCACAGACAGAAACAAUGUCCGCAGUUUUAUCCAGGUCUAACCCGUUUUCAUGAUUAUCAAAAGAAAAGAAAGGGUGAAGAUUAAACACAAGUGGCUGUAACUGGCCAUUUCUUUUAAAAGCGGGCAGCCUUCUACAUCCUGGUUUUGUUUGAAUCAGAGACACCUUUAGUCUAUUACUUUUAUCUCACAUUCCUUCUUCUUCCAUGAAUUGCAGAGCACUCUUCCUCCUUGGUCAAACAAAACUGGCUCUGGAAACAUUAUGGUUGUUAUUUAGUGUUUAUCUUCAACUUGGUCAAAUCUAUUUGCUCAUCAUGGGCAAGCCGAGGAUAUAAUCUUCAGCUAUAAUAUCCAUCUUAAGGCACCCAGCAGCAGAGUCUUUUCCCUUCCUUUCCUGCCUCCUUCCUUCCUCACCAAGAAAAUGGAAAUGCAAAAGGUCAUUCCUCCUUCCUUGUCAGGGGCACAUGAAUCUGCCCUUUCUGUUGCACAAAUGAGCAAAGCAAAGUAUCUGGGACUUGGGGCCCAGAUCUCCUCUCAAAUCCCAAGUUGUUAGAGCUCUCAUUUGUCUAUAAGAAUAGAGAAAUAAUUAAUCUGCAGCAUGGUACCUUGCCUUCAUUACUAGAUUGCUCUGGGCCACAGCCUAAAGGCAGAAAUUUUCUUAGAAGGGAGAUAGUACAAAUACUCAGUGGUUCAAGUUCCUUCAGGCAAUAUGAGAGAAGAGGCUGUUCUUGGACCAGAGGAAUGUCCAGCAGGCAGCAACUCCUACUUCCACUGACUUCUCUGAAGUUGAAAUAGAAUGAGGGAUCUAUAUAUAAGUCAACCUUGUUGGAGACAAAGUGAAUUUUUGAGAGAGCCUAUAAGAGGCCCACAGGCUUGCCAUGGGAGGGUCUUUUCUUCAUUGUUGUUAUUUAUUGGGAUCUCUGCUUUCUGUCUCCCAGCAUCUUCCUUUGAAACCUCCCUUUUCUCUUGCACUGACCUAACAGGCUAAGAUUUAAGGUCGUAAAAGGUCAUUCUCCUUGCCCCAUAACCUUGGGUUGAUGGUUCUGAUGUGAUGUAAUAAUAGAAUGUUUAUAAGGCAGAAUUAUAACCUGAUCAUCCUUUGGAAAACUUGUUAUUUCAACUUGUCAAACAGUUUGAUUCCAAAAACAAACAAAAACCAAUGAUUUCUAUGCGUCCAAGACCAAUCUAAAGGUUUCUUGAAAAAUAACUAAGUUGUAAAUAUAGGUUAAGAAAUGACCAUAUUAAGAGGCUACAUUUUGUAGGGAAUAGCUAGCUUCAUUGUAGCAGAAUCCUUAAAAUUCAUGGUAAAAUCUCUCUCUCUCUCUCUCUUUGUCUCUCUCUCUCUCUCUCUCUCUCUCUCUCUCUCUCUCUUUGUCUCUCUCUCUGUCUUUCUUUGUCUCUCUGUUUCUCUGUCUCUAUCUCUCUGUGUGUCUCUGUCUUUCUCUUUCUGUCUCUCUGUAUCUGUCUGUCUCUCUGCCUCUAUCUCUGUCUCUCUUUCUCUCUGUGUCUGUCUCUCUCUUUCUGUUUUAGGUUUUUUCCCCACUUUAAGAAAAGAACAAGGGAACUCCAUCUUUUACUAUGAUGUUUAUGUGUACUUCAAACAGGAAAGUUGAGUGGAGAUGGGCAUGGCUGACAUCCCAUGACUGACCAAUUAAAAAACUUGGGCCUCAGUUUCCCUCCUGAGAAAUAUAAAAUAAAGGGUUUGACUGAUAUGGGCUUUGAGGUCCCUCCCAGCUCUAAAUAUGAUCUUUUGGCUGCAUAUUUAUAAGUUAGGAAUAUAAUUCUAUUAUACCCAGCUGUUCCUCUUGCUAAUCCCUUAAGCAAUAGCAAACUGAUGCUAAGGAGCAGAGAGACUUUGCAUUUCCUGCCCCAGAGACAGUCAUCAGGGUUCAUUUGUGCAAAUUUCUCUUUGUCUCUUAAACCUUGAGAAAGUGCCAAAGUUCAAAGCCAAAUUCCUCUGGAUGCCAUUCAUCAAAUUUUGUUCUGUUCUUGUGUCACAGGGUUUUUUCUCUAUCCACACAGGUAAGGGGAAAGAUGGUGCCCUUGGACAAGAUUCAGCCUCAACAUGACACUACUUCCCCCUUACUCUUCCCCCUGACUGUCCAAUAUAUAGGGAGGGGCUCAGAGAGUGAGGGCCCAUCAGUACCUUCCUCAUAAUGUGUGCUUCCAUGAAAAGUUUGGAGCAUCCAGAGUCAGUCAAUCCCAAUUUCUCUAUUUUCUCAGUCUUUCUUCUAGUUUAUCUCAUUGGCAUUUUGUCGCCUCUAUCCAUUUGUUCAUUGCAUCUUGAAACUUAUGUUUCAACUAGCCUUUCCAUUAGUAGAGCUAAGGAUGAUUAGAAAAGGGAAGAAGGGAAAGAACAAACAAAAUAAAAGACUGAGAGGAAAAGGGUAUGGCCUUUCCCAUUUAUCAUACCUCCCCAUGCCUGAAAUGCAUGGGUGCGAGGAACAUUCUCCUUUCAUCCCAACUUCUUUCCUAUCACCAGCUCAAAGCUUGCUGAGUGGUAACAAGAUUGACAUACCUGUGGCUCUUUAAUAAAACUUUCCUUAUUUGUACUUGGCUUUCCUAAAUCAAGACCUGCCCAACUACGAGUAGAAUUCCUCUUGGGCCUGGUGGAAAGCUCUCCAUAAGUCCCACCCUCUUCCCCCUUCCCCUUUCUCUUCCCUCCCCCAAAUAAGGCUUCAUAGAGAUACAUUUCAUACCACCAGAGAAAAUUGGCCAAUUGACUUCCAUUUGCUUUGCAGGGAUAAAAAGAACCUCAUAGAGCUUAAUUCUGCAGAAGGAAAAGUGGGAUAACACUAGACAUCUUGCCACACAGAUCUUCCAGUUGAGGAAAUGCCAAUGUAUGUCACCACCUUCUAUGCAACUUUUAAUCUCAGAUUGUUGCCUAAGAGCCUCCAGAGGUCAUCAUAUCCAGGGUCACAGCUAGGAUAUGUCAGAAAUAGGACUUGACCACUGGUCUUCUUGUUUCUAAUACCAGCUCUCUCCACUCUACUUCUUGCAGAAGAGAGAGUAAUUAAGAGAUUUUAGAGGACUUUAUAAAAAUGUAUAUAACCUGAAGAUAGGUGAUAGGUAGAGGGGCAUAGCAGAAACAAAGUUGGCUUCAAAGUCAAGAAGACCUGAGUUCAAGUCCCAAUUCUGACAUAUACUGAUAAAGUGGCCCUAGGUAAGUCCCUUAGCACCUCAGUGGUUUAGGUAACUCUCUAAGACAUGGGUUUUUAACUAGGCAAAAACAAUAGCAAUACAUGCUGGCAGCUCUCAGUAGUUAAUCCCUUAGUCUCUCAAUUAUCCCAAAAUUGACCUGAAAGAAUGACAUCAAUUACUGUCAUCAAAAGCUAUGUAUGUGUCACAUUUUAUGAGCUAGAACUAUGCUAGGGAUUAAAGAGAGAGACCACAAAUAUGAUACAAUCUCAUCAAAGAUAGUUGGGAAAGCAAAAUAUAAAUAUGAAAAGGGUAAGUAAACAUACAAAACAGCACAUGCUCAUUACUAAGUGACAGGAAUUCAAAGGAAGGGAUUCAUUACAUGAUAGGAUGAUCAGAGUUGGCUUAAUUGUGCAUGUGAGCCUUGAACUAUACCUUGAAAGUAGAACAGGGCUUAGGUAAGCAUAAAAAAGGAAAACAUUUCAGGCAGGGAGAAGAGGUGAGCAGAGGCAUGGAGGUAGGAAAGGAGAAGCCAGUCCGGCUUGGAAUGGUCAAGAAAAACUUCAUAGGAGAACUGAGAUUUUGACUGAAUCAUGAAGGAUAGAGGAGGAUCUAUUGACAGAAAUAAGAAGUGAGGAAGGGGAGCCAUUUUGUGGGGAAAGAUGCUGUGCUUGAUGUGAAACAUAAUGACAGGGGAAGCCAGGUGGCGUGGUGGAUAAAGCACCAGCCCUGGAUUCAGGAGGACCUGAGUUCAAAUCCAGCCUCAGACACUUGACACUUACUAGCUGUGUGACCCUGGGCAAGUCAUCUAACCCUCAUUGCCCCACA